UAAAUCAGCUCUCUGAGCCUCUCGUUAAUCACGACGGGGUGUUUGCCGACCACGAUCCUCAACGGCUAAAUGAAAAAUGCUUAGUCUGUCCCCAGCCAAAAGCCGAAGGAUUUUAUUGCUCCGAGCAUGCCCAGACAAUCAAAACUUCUCAUGGAGCUUGGCAAUGA